CACUAGUUGGUAGCCGGUUUCAAAAUAGGUUAGAAAUCUAGGUAUAUGGUAUUUGGUAUAUGUAUAUCCAGAUCAUAACAACUAAGUCGAUAUAGCUUGUAAUAUACUACAUCUAAUUAGUUUAAAAUUCGGUAAAUUUUUAUUACAUUUCUAAUAUGGCAAAUGGACCAAUUGCAGAAAGAAAUCGAGAUGCUACUAUAUAUGUUGGAGGUUUGGAUGACAAAGUGUCCGAAUCUCUUUUAUGGGAACUUUUUGUUCAAGCUGGACCAUUGGUCAAUGUUCAUAUGCCCAAAGAUCGGGUAACUAUGAUGCAUCAGGGAUAUGGAUUCGUUGAAUUCAUGGGCGAAGAAGAUGCUGACUAUGCUAUCAAAAUAAUGAAUAUGAUUAAGUUAUAUGGAAAGCCUAUUCGAGUCAAUAAAGCCUCUGCACAUCAAAAAAAUUUAGACGUUGGGGCUAAUAUCUUCAUAGGAAAUUUGGAUCCUGAAGUUGAUGAAAAAUUGUUAUAUGACACAUUUUCUGCAUUCGGAGUCAUUUUGCAAACUCCUAAGAUUAUGAGAGAUCCAGAAACAGGUAACUCCAAAGGAUUUGCAUUCAUAAAUUUUGCCAGUUUUGAAGCUUCAGAUGCAUCCAUUGAAGCAAUGAACGGCCAGUAUCUCUGCAAUCGACCUAUUUCUGUAUCGUAUGCUUUCAAAAAGGACUCCAAGGGUGAAAGGCACGGUUCUGCUGCAGAACGUUUACUUGCUGCUCAGAAUCCUCUCUCACAAGCAGACAGGCCUCAUCAGCUCUUUGCCGAUGCUCCUCCAAUUGGUAUGAUGCCCAUGACGAUAGCUCCACCACCUCCUCCUGUUAUUUUAACAGGGAUGAUGCCACCUCCCACUCCCGCAAACAUGCAUCCUCCUCCGCCACCACCAGUACCUCCUCCAAGUGGAUUUCCUUCAGGUAUACCCCCUCCUCCAUUACCACCAUCCCAACCACCUUUACCUCCUGGAGCUCCUCCUCCACCACCAAUUUCGGCUUCCACUGGGUCUACACCUAGACCACCACUUCCCCCUGUUCCGACUUCAGCUCCAGGUGGUCCCCCUCCUCCACCUCGUUUGAUUCCACCACCAUGGCCAGGUGCAGGGGCAGGCGUUAUCCCACCUCCACCACCAGGUCCACCUGGGUCUGUAUCGUCAACUGCAGGAACACCAUUUGCAGGAAUGUUUCCACCACCGCCGCCACCAGGAGGUCGACCACCUCCUCCGACCUGGAGACCUCCGCCACCUCCUAGUUUUCCUGCGGGGAGACCUCCAUUUCCUCCGAGAGGGCCACCUCCACCUCCUGCAACUUUUGAAAGCUGAAAAUGUUUUGUCGAAAACAGUUUUUUCUCAUAAUGUAAAAAUACUACAAAUAAACAGUUUGAAUGA